GGUAGAGUUGAGCACGUAUGCCUAACAUACAUCGCGACACCGAUGCCGUAAACGAAGAUAUGAUAGUUUAGCUUCCGCUACCAUCGUGUCGAACAUUAUUUUUCUUGUUUAGCUACUAUCGCGAGACCGAGAAAGACAGUCCUGGCCCGUGUCGGGGACCCGCUUGCCAUUUUCUCGUAUUUGUCUGGGAUGUAUGGAUGGAUAUUUGACGGAAUCUCGUCGUUGUUCGAGCCCGCCACGGGGCAAAACAGCCAAGCUAAUAACGGGGAGCUGACGAGCACGUUAGCGCGGCGGCGAGAGAGCCACGACAGACCCGCCAAGAGAAACUACCAAAGUGUUGAUGCAGAAGAAAGUGUUGGCCUGAGUGAGCACGUUGCGGCAAAACGACGAAGGCGAGAUGUGGUGGUAAAUUUUGUCAAGAAGACUGUAGCCGGGGUUGCAAGUUUGCUCCGUUUGCGCAAACCACAAAUAUCAAGCCCCAAUGUGCACGGACACUUAAGGGACACGCAGCCUGGAAUCGAUGAGCUGCACACCCCAUGGCUGAAUAGCCCUGAGUGGAGAAUGGACAAACCAGGGAUUGCAAUGGGCGAUAAGGCUGCCCCCACGCUUUUCCAGAGGUCUUUGCCUCCAUUAAUGAAGAAAUUCAGUAAGAGUACGGCUUCUUCUGAGAGGAGAGACUGCCCUCAGCUGCUGCCUUCACGGGCUGCCGUGAACGUGGGGAAGCCCAAAGCUGACCACAAUAGUUGCAACGGCUUUGGACACAACCGCUGCCACAGGCCCAGUCUCACUGUGGAAGAGGCCAUAAAACAAAAUGACAAAGAGCACUACAGACGUCUGCUGGAGAUGGUGACAGAAAAAUACAGCAAAAGCCAACCGCUGCCUUUCAAUCAGACUAAACCACAAACUGUGCUGCUGUCCGACAGUGAACAUUCAAUGACCUGGAAGUCCUAUGAGUCGGGAUCUAAAGCAAUGAAAUACUCAGCCAACAACCCUGGCAUCUUCUCAUUGAGGCAUAUGUCUUCAAAUAAGGGCAGAUGGGCUGCCCUGCCUCUCAGCAAGUCUUACACAGAAGCACAAGAUGACAUGCAGCAUAAACCAGUGGCAGAUUUGGACAUCUCCACAGAAGUUGCCACUCGCCUCAACCUAGUGGAUCGAGUGACCCCUACCGUCGCUGCGGGAGGUUCGCACACGCUUGCGCCGCAUGUACGACACACCGACGAUGUACCCAGACUCACUAAGGAAAUGGCAGUGGAGGUGUGCGCUGCUCUAGCUCAGAGCGACCCCAACUUGGUUUUGAGUGCCGCAUUCAAGUUACGCAUCACUCAACGAGAUUUGGCAACUCUUCAGGAAGGUGGCUGGCUCAAUGAUGAGGUGAUCAACUUCUACCUUUCCCUGGUGAUGGAGAAGUGCUCGGACCCAGUGGCGGGAAUGCGGGUGUACUCGUUCAGCACCUUCUUUUACCCCAAGCUCUGUGGGCCGGCUGGCGGGCACGCGGCGGUUAAGCGCUGGACGAAAGCCGUGGAUAUUUUCCUCUACGACUUUGUACUCGUCCCGCUGCAUCUGGGCGUCCACUGGGCCUUAGCUGUGAUGGACUUGAACGCAAAAACGCUGAAGUUGUAUGACUCCAUGGGCCAAAGACACGAUGACAUUUGCCAUCUUCUGCUCGUCUACCUGAAGGACGAGCACAGAGCAAAAAAAGGCAGAGAGCUGGACUGUGGCAAGUGGGUUGUCAGCUGCAUGCGGCCUUCUGAGAUUCCUCAGCAGAAGAAUGGCAGCGACUGUGGCGUGUUUGCGUGUAAAUAUGCUCAAUACAUCGCUCAGGGAAGGCCCCUCACCUUUAGUCAGUGGCACAUGCCUCUAUUCCGGAAGUUGAUGAUUUGGGAAAUUUUGCAUCAGAAGCUGCUAUAGCAAGUUUAACCUCCUAUCAACAUCUGACACCUGGGAAGGACUUUUUGUUAAGAUAUAUUCCCCUGCUUAAUCUGAGUUUCUAUCAGAGUUGCGACAAGCUUCGAAGUUACUUAUUUUUAUUUGAAAUAUGGUUUGAAUUGGAAGUACUGCCGCAAGUGCCUUUCAAUGUUCUAACACUGAAACCGGAGAGACUGACUUUAAAUGGGGUGUUGUCAGAUUCUGGGGGGGGGGGGGGGGAAAAACGCAGUUUGCUUCCAUUUUCCUACAGUCAGAACACUAUUCAAGGAUUACUCGGGAAAACUUGACAAAAAUACGCAGUGAAAUUAUUUGUAUUUAUGACAUGACUGAAUGAGAGAUCUAUUUUUUUGUUGUUUUCCCUCUGCUUAGUGAGGUACUAAGAGAUAUGAUGCACAUCUAUGUACAGUAUUUACUUCAUUGCAAACUGCUGUAUACAAGUGCAUGUUUAAGUUCAUACUUAAGAAUGUUUCCUUUUGAAAUAAAGGUUAAUUUAACAUUCUGCACUUGUGUGUUUGUA